AUGGGUCCUCUCAAAGACCCCGCAUCUGGGGAAGAGGAGGAUGACUACAUGUCCAUGGUCAUUGAGGAGCCCCAACAGAAGGAAACCUUUGCUCAGAAGAAACGUCGACAACAGCGAGAGGCUGAGGCCCGCGCGAAAGUCCCUUCGAAAGCCGAACGAGCCGCUCAGGAAGCUGCGCGCCGCGAUGCCGCCCUGUCCACCAACACCCUGGACCCGUCCAACAAAGGAUUCCAGAUGAUGGCGAAGCUGGGAUUCAAGCCGGGGCAGGCGCUAGGGAAAGACACGACGGAUAAGGACAAGGAGGGGGACGGCGCUAGCGGCUCUGGCGCGGGUCAGUCGCGGUCCGAGCCUGUCAACCUGGUCCUCAAGGAAGGCCGCGGAGGCAUUGGCUUGGAUAGCGAGAAGAAGCGCAAGUUCCGCGAGGAAGCCGAAGAGGCCUUCAAAAAAGUCAAGCAGGACGAAGGUGACUAUCGCGAUCGCGUGCGCCAGGAGCGGGAGACGCGACGCACCGAAGCCCAAGUGCACGCAGCCCAGAAAGUGGCCGAGCGACUGGAUACCGAGGCUGAGGCAGAUGAUGAAGUCGCCGCCUCUACGACGCAAGGAAGCUCGCGCGAAAAGGACGAUCAUGUAACGGACGAGGAUCAGCCACAGGAACCGAAGGAGAAAAAGGGCGCCAGCCGCCCCAAAACGACAGUGAAGCCAACCUCUCAGAUCAAUAUUUUAUACCGCGGCUUGGUGCGGGAGCGAGAGGAACGAGAACGAUCCCUGCAAGCGCGGCAUCUCCUACAAUCCUCCCUUCCAUCUUCAUUCUUCCCGAAUCCUCGAUUACCGACCUACGACGAUCCCACACUUGAGCGAGAGGACAAACAGGCUCUUGCGGGGAACCCGGAACUGUCGUCUAUCCUGGAACAAGAGUUGGAAGAGGAGGACCCUGAAUUGGACGAGUUCAACGCACUCGAUCCCGGCGAGCGGCUGGCCCGCUUAGUGCAGCAUCUGCGGCAGGAGCACCGCUAUUGUUUCUGGUGCAAAUGCCGCUACGAAACUGACGAGAUGGAGGGAUGUCCCGGAAUCACCGAGGAGGAUCAUGAUUAA